CUUCCCAGUUCGGUCGGAAUCAGGCGCAUCAUCGCACCGUAGAAACGAGCGACGCGUCUCCUUCUCCUUUUUCCUUUAUUUUCGUUACACAAUUCGCAUUUCGCUGCAAGAACAAAAGAAGAGGCAGAAGGUGAACGAAAUCGAGGAGAAACAAACUAAUUUCAUACAUCAUUUCGGCCAGUGAUUUAUUCUUAUAUAUUUAUAUAUAGUAAUAUAAAGAAAUCUUAAGAACUGAAACCAUUUGUCUGUGAUCCAGUUUAAUAGUCGAGGAGCGGAAGCGUGCUUCCCCAGUGAUUAUUACUUCUUCAAAAAAAUCCAGAUUCAGGACGGAGCAAACACACCACAUUUAUAACCAUGGCUCUAGUUUUAAAAUACGUAGAUGAUAUUAACAAGUUCUUGAACAAAUAUGAAGAUUCGAGAACAGCGAAUUGGCCACUCAUGUCUAGUCCAUUUUAUACCUUAGGAAUUUGUUUAAUUUAUGUUUUUGUUGUUAAGGUUGCGGGUCCUAAGUUUAUGGAAAAUAGGAAACCAUUCCAGCUGAAAAACGUAUUAAUUGUGUACAACUUAUUCCAAGUAAUAUUCAGUGCCUGGAUGUUUUACCAAAUCGGUAUAUCCGGAUGGUUAACUGGAAAGUAUAACUGGAGAUGCCAACCGGUGGAUUACACCAAUAGCGCAGAUUCUCUCAGGGCGGCGCACGCAAGUUGGUGGUAUUACAUUUCAAAAUUCACGGAAUUCAUGGACACGAUAUUCUUCGUAUUGAGGAAGAAGAAUGAUCAUAUUUCCACGUUGCACGUCAUCCAUCACGGAGUUAUGCCAAUGUCCGUUUGGUUUGGCGUCAAAUUCACACCAGGUGGCCACAGUACAUUCUUCGGUUUCUUGAACACUUUCGUGCACAUCGUCAUGUAUGCCUACUAUAUGCUCAGCGCGUUCGGACCUUCCAUCCAGAAAUACUUGUGGUGGAAGAAGUACUUGACGACCCUUCAAAUGAUCCAAUUCGUUGGCAUAAUGGUGCACGCCUUCCAGCUGCUCUUCAUCGAUUGCAAUUACCCACGUGCCUUCGUCUGGUGGAUAGGAAUGCACGCCGUGAUGUUCUUCUUCCUGUUCAAGGAGUUCUACAAUCAAUCCUACAACAGGAAGCAAAGAGCGAAAGCCAAGGUCGAGUCGUUAGCCGCGACUUCGACGAACGGUCAUAUCCAGAAUGGUUAUACCAAGGAGGCCUCCAAAAAACAACAACAACAGAAGACUGCCCAAGAUUACUACCAAAUGAACGGAAACAGUGACUUACAUCACAGGAGCACUAAAGUUCACUAGAAUCUUAAUUCAAACAAAAGCAAAAAAAAACAACAAACCAACAACAAC